UUAUAACCAAUCUUUCUUCUUCUUCUUCCUCUUUCCUUAUCUCUCCAUCUCUGUGGAGAGACACAAAACUUCAAAAAAGGAACAUUCUUUUAGUUCUUUACUUAAUCUUUCACAAUGCUAUAUCAUUAGCUUUAAUCUUUUCUUUGAUUCAAACGCGUUUUUUUAGUAAUGUCGUCGCGUUUUUCUUUAACGGUGGUGUGUUUGAUUGUUCUGUUACCGUUUGCCGUUGGAAUACGGUUGAUUCCGGCGAGGAUCACGAGUGUCGGUGGCGGAGGAGGAGGAGGUAAUGGGUUUAGUAAACUUGGUCCGUUCAUGGAAGCUCCGGAUUACAGAAACGGCAAGGAGUGUGUGUCGUCAUCAGUGAACAGAGACAAUUUCGUGUCGUCUUCUUCUAAUGAUCCUUCGCUUGUUCACAUAGCUAUGACUUUGGAUUCAGAGUAUCUCCGUGGAUCAAUCGCAGCUGUUCAUUCUGUUCUCCGCCACGCGUCGUGUCCAGAGAACGUCUUCUUCCAUUUCAUUGCUGCUGAGUUUGACUCGGCGAGUCCUCGUGUUCUGAGUCAACUCGUGAGGUCGACUUUUCCGUCGUUGAACUUUAAAGUCUACAUUUUUAGGGAAGAUACGGUGAUCAAUCUCAUAUCGUCGUCGAUUAGACAAGCUUUGGAGAAUCCGUUGAACUAUGCUCGGAACUAUCUCGGAGAUAUUCUUGAUCGAAGCGUGGAACGAGUCAUUUAUCUUGACUCGGAUGUUAUAACUGUUGAUGAUAUCACAAAGCUUUGGAACACGGUUUUGACCGGGUCACGGGUCAUUGGAGCUCCGGAGUAUUGUCACGCGAACUUCACUCAGUAUUUCACUUCCGGGUUCUGGUCAGACCCGGCUUUACCGGGUCUAAUCUCGGGUCAAAAGCCUUGCUAUUUCAACACAGGAGUGAUGGUAAUGGAUCUUGUUAGAUGGAGAGAAGGGAAUUACAGAGAGAAGCUAGAGCAAUGGAUGCAAUUGCAGAAGAAGAAGAGAAUCUACGAUCUUGGAUCAUUACCACCGUUUCUUUUGGUGUUUGCCGGUAAUGUUGAAGCUAUUGAUCAUAGAUGGAAUCAACAUGGUUUAGGAGGAGACAAUAUACGAGGAAGUUGUCGGUCAUUGCAUCCUGGUCCUGUGAGUUUGUUGCAUUGGAGUGGUAAAGGUAAGCCAUGGGUUAGACUUGAUGAGAAGAGACCUUGUCCGUUGGAUCAUCUUUGGGAGCCAUAUGAUUUGUAUAAACAUAAGAUUGAGAGAGCUAAAGAUCAGUCUCUGCUUGGGUUUGCUUCUCUGUCGGAGUUGACUGAUGAUUCAAGCUUUUUGUGAGAGUUUUAAAAAAGUUUCAUUCUUUUUUCAUAAAUCUUCUGUUGUAUUACAGAGUUUACAAAUAUCAUUGUUCAGGUGAGUGAUUCUUUGAUUGUCUGGUGUACAAAAUCGAUUUUAGAGAGGGAAGAGAUAUAGAGGCUGUGGAAAAGCCAUUGAUGACCCUUAUUUUUGUUGAGAAUUCUUUUGUCAUUUUGGUGCUCUUGUUUCCAAUCUUUUGUUCUGAAUAAAACUCAUCUUGAAGUGCCUA